AGGACAUGGACUCCAUGUUCGAGGACGACAUCAGCAUCCUGACACAGGACGCGCUGGGGCCGGACGAGGACUGGCUGGACAGCCCCAACACCGACCUCUCGGGCGAGAUGUGCUCGGCCUCCCACUUCGCCCUCAUCACCGCCUAUGAUGACAUCAAGAACCGGCUGACAGGGCUGGAGAGGGAGAACUCCACGCUCAAGCGCCGGCUCAAGAUGUACGAGGUCAAGUACCCACUGAUCGGUGAGUUCGGUGAGGAGCACAUCUUCUCCCUCUACGAGGCCAAAGAGACAUCACUGCUCAAGAGCGAGAAGGCGUCACUGCAGCAGCAGCUCAACCAGUUCCAGCAUGAGCUGCAGAAGAGCAAAGAGCGUGAGGAGCAGCUGGAGGAGAUGAUCCAGGCCUAUGAGAAGCUGUGUGUGGAGAAGGCUGACCUGGAGACAGAGCUGGGAGAGAUGCGGGCGCUGGUGGACACUCACCUGAGCCGCAUCCGGAGUCUGGAGCAACAGCUACGGCAGCGUGACAGCAGCACCUUCCCGGGGCUGGGCACCCCGUUACCGGGACAGGAGGUGCCUUUCCUCACCCUGCACCCCAACUCCAGCCUGACCCACGUGCUGGAGCGUGCCGGGGGCUGGCAGAGCCGGGGGCUGGAAGCUGAGCUGGAAGCAGCGCGACAGGAGACCCAACGUGCCCAGCACCGUGAGGAGCAUCUCAAGGCCGAGUGCGAGCGGCUGCAGGCAGAGCUGAAGCACCUCCAGGACACACGAGAGCAGGACCAGUCAGAGCGGGACAUGGCCUGGGUGAAGAAGGUGGGCGACGACCAGGUGAACCUGGCGCUGGCCUACACGGAGCUGACGGAGGAGCUGUGCCGCCUGCGGAACCUCAGCUCCCUGCAGAGCCAGAUCCUCCGCACCCUGCUGCAGGAGAAGGGCCUCAAUGGCGGCCAGCGCCACUCCCCGUUGUCCCAGUGCCAUUCCCCAGCCCCGCAGCGCCGCUCGCCCGCCCCGCAGUGUCCUUCGCCCGCCCCACCGGGGCGCCCUCCCGCACCCCAGUGCCAGUCCCCAGCGCGGCAGCGGCGCUCGCCGGGCCCCCCCAGCCAGUCCCCGGCCCAGCAGCGCCGCUCGCCAGCCCCCGGCCCCUGCCAGUCCCCUGCCCAGCAGCGCCGGUCCCCGGUGCCCCCGUCCAGCCAGUCCCCUGCCCAGCAGCGCCGGUCACCAGUGCCCCCACAGUGCCCGUCACCGGCUUCAGCAUCACCACACCGGCUGCCCGGCGAGAGGAUGGAGUUGGGCUAUGCCAAACCCUCCAGCCGGCAUAUCAAAGCCGGCUUCCAGGGCCGCCGGAGCUACUCGGAGGUGAGCAACGUGGCUCUGUACCAGCAGAGCCGCUCGCUCUGGCUCCAGCCUGAAGCCUCGACGCUCCCCAAGCACCGGCCCUAUGGCGAGGUGUACCUGGGGGGUGCCGGGGCCCCCCUGAGCGCCCAUGAGCCCUUCGAGGAGCACGUCCGCUUCGAGAAGCAGUCAUCGGAUGAAGAGGACUGGGCGCUCCCCAGCCCGCCCAGCCCCGAGGCCGGGGCCAUCCGCUGCGCGUCCUUCUGUGCCGGCUUCCCCAGCCCCGACGCCGACGCCGCGCACCGGACGGCCGCUGCCUAUGCCCGGGCAGAGCACGCUCAGUCCUGGCCCUCCAUUAACCUGCUGCUGGAGACGGUGGACUCGGAGGUGCGGAGCUGCCCGCUGUGCCAGCUUGCCUUCCCCAUCGGCUACCCGGACGAUGCCCUGGUGAAGCACAUCGACUCGCACCUCGAGAACAGCAAGAUCUGAGCCUUCCCCCCCCAGCCCCUGCUCCCCAACCUUUGGAUGCUGCAUGAAAACACACGAGGAGCUGCACAGCUCCCAAAAUACCUCCAAGUCUUCAGUAGCUACACAAAGACUGAGACCCCCAACCCCGGAGCCCACCAGCCCUCCCUAAGUGGGCUCCUCCUCUCCCACCUCACUCCAGCCCUGCAUCCGCGCCGGGUCUGGAUGCUCGAUUUGGGGCAGCAGGAUAACGCCAUCCCGAGAGGACCCGUCUGUGUCCUUGGGUGUCAUCUGCACCCUUGGGUGCUGCUGCUUGAUCUCAGGGAGGAUUCGAGGGGCCGGGUCCUGGAUCUGGCCCCCAGGAAGCAGGUGAAGGGAAGGGGCUGCCCCUUUCCCGGGUCAGAGUUGGGUUUGGGGGGCUCGAGGGGGGGGGCAGCUGCUUUUUCUCGGUCCCCCUCACCUCAUCUCACCGGUUCAAGCAUCUUUUCCAUUAAAAGCCCCCCCUUCCUCCCCAUUUCUCCCCCCUCCCUGCAACGAUGCUGCUGAGAAACAAACCCCAAGGUGCAGCAUGGACCCCCCACACCUUUGCACUGGGCUCUGGGGGCUCUCCCUGACCGUGACACCCCCCAGUGUGGGGACAAAGCACCCUCCACCCCACCAGCCCCCUCACUUUAGCCCAGGGGUGCUGCUGACCCUAAGUCCCCCCACCCCAUCCCCCCAUAUCCCCCCACUUUCAAUCUACCUCAAAGCUGCCGGCACGGGGGGGGGUCCACAGUGCCAUCCCCCCCAACCGAGCUGCUCCGCGCUGCAUGUCCCCCCUGCCCCAUACCCUCCCCAUGCACCACCGGGGACUCGGCUGGGUGCAGCCCCCCCCCCCCACUGCGCCAGGACCCCCGGGGAAAGGGACCCACGUCCCCAGUGCCACCAACUCCAAUAAACCCUUUACAGGGCCCAAAACACCGUGGAGGGGCUGAA